CCCUUCUUAUAGAGCCAAUGCUGGUGACCACUUAGGCAUAUUUAAAGAGUGCAGGAGCCCUCCAGUUCAGAUUCUUCAUCAAGCCAAACCAGACAAGACAACCUAGUCCGGUAUUGCUUCAAACCUAAGGAUGCCGAACUGGGGAGGUGGCGCCAAAUGUGGUGCUUGUGACAAGUCGGUGUAUCAUGCUGAAGAAAUCCAGUGCAAUGGCAGGAGUUUUCACAAGACAUGCUUCCACUGCAUGGCUUGCAGAAAAGCUCUGGACAGUACUACAGUAGCAGCUCAUGAAUCUGAAAUCUAUUGCAAAACCUGUUAUGGAAGAAAAUAUGGUCCUAAAGGUAUUGGGUUUGGACAAGGGGCAGGGUGUCUCAGCACUGAUACUGGCGAACAUCUAGGCUUGGAUCUGCAACACUCACCAAAGCCUGCUCGCCCUUCUACGCCUACCAACCCUUCAAAGUUCACCAAAAAGUUUGGAGAUGUGGAUAAGUGUCCCCGCUGUGGCAAAUCAGUAUAUGCUGCAGAGAAAAUAAUGGGAGGAGGAAAACCUUGGCAUAAGACUUGCUUCCGUUGUGCUAUUUGUGGAAAGAGCCUAGAAUCUACAAAUGUUACAGACAAGGAUGGAGAAAUCUACUGUAAAGUUUGCUAUGCAAAGAAUUUUGGUCCUAAAGGAAUUGGGUUUGGUGGCCUCACUCAAGUGGAAAAGAAAGAGUGAAACUUUCUAUAUCAGACACAUUUCACACUUCUGUUGAUGCCACAGAUUGAUUGUUUGCUAAGUAAAACAGUGAUGCAUUGAUAAGAACUUAGGGCAUUUUUAAAAAACUUCUGCUUCUCCAACCUCACUGGAGAGAUUUGUAAGCUUAUUUCUUAAGAAAUUAUUGCAGUAGAUAGAAAAUACAUUUUGACAAAUGGAUUUAAGUUUAUUCUACACUGAAAAAGAGCCUAAUAUUUUGCUAAAUUUUAACUUGUUUGUGAAUAAUAGUAUUUCUUACACUACUACUUAUCUUGUUAAAAAAAAAAUGAGGUUAUAAUAGCUCUGUGGACUUUGCCACUAAGAGGUUAUUAUCCUAGGUAAGGGGGCAUAGGAAGGUGUUUGGGAUUUAUACCACUCCAACAAAGCAGAAUCUUGCCCAUAUUGUCUAUCUUAAUUCCUUAGUGAAAUACAUUCUGAUGUUAUGGUGGUGCUAUGGUAUGGGAGAAAAGUUUUUUUAAAAGGCACAUUCUAAUCUGUCAUAAUAGCUAACAAUUUCAGCUCCAUCCUCCUGAGUAAAAGAGAAAGGGAGUAAAAGACAGACUUCUUGAACUGGAAGUCAAAUUUUCAUAAAACAUGGUAAAAUCAAAGUGGAUGUUAAAUCUAGUUUUGUCAUUGUAGAUUUCUCUAGAUACAAUAAACUGUAGAUCCUGCUUUUA